AUGGCCAAGCAGGACUUUGAAGUGGCCGGAAGAGUUAUUGAGCGAGACACUCUCGUCAUCAUUCCACUCUAUGGCGUCCACAGGGACAAUCGCUUCCAUCCAGAUUCUGAGCAGUUUAAUUCCCUCAGGCCGGAACUCGCUCGUCACUCGUGCACUUUUAUGCCAUUUGGCGAUGGACCAAGACACUGCAUUGGCCGUCGAUUUGCCCUCCAGCAGAUCAAAUUGGUCAUUUCCGUGCUUCUGAGCCACUACAAAUUCUCCCCGUCACCAGACACUCGCUACAACGUGGAAUUGGCCAAAAACACUGUUCUAUUCGCCCCUCACAAGCCCAUCCGACUCACCAUUGAUCACCUCAGACGAGCGUCAUUAUCGGCAUCUGAGACAGCAGAAAAGUUGGCGUGA